GUCGGUGCGAUUCGAUUCUCCGAACGGUCCGUGCCACGCUAGCACGGGCUGAGAGAAAGAUCGAAAGAAAGAGGAAGGGGGGCUAAUCUGAGGAGGCAUCGGACGCCCAUCGGAUUAGACGAUGGUGAUGAAGAUUUCCGCGGUCGAGGCUGGCGUUCCUUUACUAAGCGCCGUCGGUCCCCGCUGCGUCGUUAAGCAGGCCACGGUGAAGCGAUGCGUCGCGGCGCUACUACUCGUCUCCGUCGCCAGUAUAUUCUACUACACCCACUACAUCAUCAGUAGUCCAUUGGCCAGCCUGAUCCACCGAGAUACCAGGCCAGAGCCAGCGAUAAGGUGUUCAACGUUACGAGGAGCGACGCGUCUCCCGUCCGCUCCGGACCACCGCAGCGAGGCCCGACUGAGAACGGACCCGAAGGUGCUGGUCUUCGUGGAGACUUUGUACUCGAUGCUCGGCAAAAACAUAGCGGAGCUGCUCGUCUCUAAUCGAAUCAAAUACAAGCUCGAGGUAGCUGGCAAGUCUCUGCCCGUGCUUACGAAUUUGGACAAAGGUCGGUACGGGGUACUGAUAUUCGAGAACCUGAACAAGUACCUGCAGAUGGACAAAUGGAACCGGGAAUUGCUGGACAAAUACUGCAGAGAGUAUUCGGUCGGCAUCGUGGGCUUCGCGCCGUCCGGCGAGGAAAGUCUUGUUGGUGCCCAACUGAAGGGCUUUCCUCUGUUCGUUCACACUAAUCUUAGAUUGAAGGAUGCCCAGCUGAACGCGGCCUCCCCUAUUCUACGAUUAACCAGAUCCGGGGAAACAGCCUGGGGACCACUUCCUGGCGGUGACUGGACCAUUUUUCAGGCGAAUCACAGCACCUACGAGCCACUCGCCUGGGCGCACCGGGACAGCCUCGACUAUCCUCAUGUCACGUAUCCUUUGGGAACAAUAAUAAUAGAUCACGGCAGAUACGACGGGAUCCAGAGGGUCUUUUUCGGCGGCGGUCUGCGAUUUUGGCUGCACAAUCUGCUGCUCCUCGACUCCCUGUCCUACCUAUCGCACGGGCAAUUGAGCCUGAGCUUGAAUCGCAUGAUCCUGGUGGACGUGGACGAUAUAUUCGUCGGGGAGAAGGGUACACGGCUGAGGAAGGACGACGUGAUGGCGUUGCUGGCCACUCAGCAGAGGAUCCAGGCGCUAGUACCCGGCUUUAAAUUCAACUUGGGGUUUUCCGGGAAGUACUUCCAUCACGGCACCGCCGAGGAGAAUCUGGGGGACGACAUGCUGCUGGAGAACGUCGACAGAUUCACGUGGUUCUCUCAUAUGUGGAACCAUCAGCAGCCCCAUCUGUACGAGAAUGUAACGCAUCUGCAGCUGGACAUGGCGUUGAACAAACAAUUCGCGAAGGACCACGGGAUCCCAACAGGAAGCGGGUACAGCGUAAGCCCUCAUCAUUCCGGCGUCUAUCCGGUCCACGAAGGACUGUACGAGGCAUGGAAAAGGGUGUGGAACAUCAAGGUCACGAGCACCGAAGAAUAUCCACAUCUGAGGCCCGCUCGUUUAAGACGCGGUUUCAUCCAUCGUAACAUAAUGGUUCUACCGAGGCAGACCUGUGGCCUUUUCACACACACGAUCUUCAUCGAUAGAUACCCAGGCGGCAGGGACAAGCUGGACAAAUCGAUACAGGGUGGCGAGCUGUUCCAGACUAUCGUUCACAAUCCUAUCAAUAUUUUUAUGACGCACAUGUCGAAUUACGGGAACGAUCGUCUGGCGCUGUACACCUUCGAAUCGGUGAUCAAGUUCAUUCAGUGUUGGACGAACUUGAGGCUAUCCAGUGCGCCACCCCUUCAGUUGGCUGAACGUUACUUUCAACUUUACCCUGAAGAAUCUGAUCCUGUCUGGGGCAACCCCUGUGACGACCAGAGGCAUCAGAAGAUCUGGUCGAGGAACAAAACCUGCGAUCAGCUGCCGAGGUUCCUAGUAAUCGGCCCCCAAAAAACCGGCACCACAGCUCUCUACACUUUCCUGUCCAUUCACCCAGCAAUAAGUAGCAACUUGCCCAGUCCGGACACGUUCGAAGAGAUCCAGUUCUUCAAUGGAAAAAAUUAUUACAAGGGCCUGGACUGGUACAUGAGCUUCUUUCCGGCGUCGAAGAACGAGAGUUCGAGGUAUCUUUUCGAGAAAUCGGCGACCUAUUUCGACGGAGAACUGGUACCGCGGAGAGCGCACGCGUUACUACCAAAAGCGAAAUUAAUUACCAUACUGCUGUCACCGGCGAGGCGAGCGUAUUCUUGGUACCAGCACACGAGGGUUCACGGGGACCCGGUAGCGAAUAAUUAUUCCUUUCACUCGGUGAUCACCGCGAGCGACACCGCUCCGAAACCCCUACGCGAUCUCAGGAAUAGGUGUUUAAAUCCAGGAAAGUACGCCCAGCAUCUGGAAAGGUGGCUUUCCUAUUAUCCGCUUCAGCAGUUGCAUAUCAUUGAUGGUGAGCAACUGCGACAGAAUCCGGUAGAGACGCUGCACGAGUUACAAAGGUUCCUUAAGAUCACCCCCGCGUUCAAUUAUUCGUCGCAUCUAAGGUACGACCCGAAAAAAGGGUUCUUUUGUCAGGUGACGAACGAGGAUCGAACGAAAUGCCUCGGGAAGAGCAAAGGCCGACAGUACCCGCCGAUGGAGGAUAAAUCGUACAAAUUGUUACAGAGGUACUAUCUGUCUCAUAACACGGCCCUAGUCAAAUUAUUAAAACGACUCGGACUGAGAACGAUCCCCCAAUGGCUGAAGGAGGACCUCACCGACACGGUGAUGACCUAGCAAACGUCGAUCGCAUGAAACGACACCGUUUCGGAACUCUUCAUCUCGACGGUAAACGAGAUCCCUCGUUUACUAGCGGAAGACCUGUAAAAUACUUGUACAUUGAUCGCUCCACUGGACUCGAGAUCCACGACAGAUGGACCACACAGGCCUAGGAGCCCAGUGGGUUGGCCUAAAUCGAUGGGGGA